AUGUCUGCUGAUGAACUAGGAUCCCACUCCAUUAUCGAGUCGAAAAAUGUCUCAUCGGACAUCAUAGUUAUUCAAGCUAGCUCUACAACAUCAACUGAAGAGGCAGCUGGUCAGCCAAGUUUCGCCAGCGAUGAACCUUGUACAGUUCAACUGGAGUCGAACGAAGAGCAUCUUUCUUCAAACGAAGAUCAUCCCAUUGUUAAACUUAAAGACCAGUGUCCCGAAAUAGAAAUCAGUCUUAGCACGUCUAACGAUGAAAUCUCGUGUGCUUUACUGCAAAGAAAACAGCCCCUCAUGGAGCUUGUCAGUUCAGAGGAAGGCUAUGUUCGACGUUUGAAGCUAGUGAAGGACUUCUACAUACCUGCGGUUUCUGCUCCUAGUACAGCUCCCUCAGGUGUUGAUAACAAUCCCUCAGGCACAGUAGGUCCAAUAACUCACAGUGAUUCGCAGAACCCACCGCCAGUUGCUCCAGAGGAUCUAGCUGCAAGGUGGAAAUAUCAAAAAAAUUUAUGA